AUGGAUUGCGCAUUCUUGGGUAUAAAUCCCAUUUUGUUCCAAGAAAGUUUUGCAGGAAAUGGGAAUGGAAAUGGUAGGGUGUCUCUGAUGGCGCGUUCUAAUUCUAAUACAAGGAGAAGACUUCCCAGCAACCUUCGCUACCCGCGGCGCACCAAACUUCCUCCGGAUUUUGGAAUCAACCACUUGUUGAAGAACACCACAGAACCAUCAUCUCAAACGGAAUUCAAGGAAGCAGAAGAAGAUGGCGAAGAUAUUGUUUGGGAGGCAGAUGAGAUUGAAGCUAUUUCAUCACUUUUCCAAGGGAGGAUACCCCAAAAGCCUGGAAAGUUGGAUAGACAAAGGCCUCUACCCCUCCCACUUCCUUACAAGCUUCGACCUUUGGGACUUCCUAGGCCGAAGAAACAUGUCAAGAUGGCACCCAUUUGUGACCAAGUCUACAAGAAUCCCAAUGCGCUUGUUGGUUUAGCAAGGGAAAUUAGAAGCCUUGGGGUAGAUGAAGAUGUGGGACUAAUUCUCAACAAGUGGGUUCCCUUUCUUAGAAAAGGGUCUCUCUCCUUGACAAUUAGGGAAUUGGGUCACAUGGGUCUCCCUGACAGAGCUCUGCAGACCUUCUCUUGGGCUCAGAAACAGCCUCACCUCUUCCCGGAUGACCGGCUUUUGGCUUCCGCUGUUGAGGUCCUGGCAAGGAACCAUGAGCUUAAACUGCCAUUCAAUUUGGACAAAUUCACAAGUUUGGCAAGUCGUGGUGUGAUUGAGGCAAUGGCAAGAGGGUUCAUCAAAGGGGGAAGCUUGCAUCUUGCUUGGAAGCUUAUAUUCAUAGCUAAGAAUAGUGGAAGAAAGUUGGAUACGAGCGUAUAUGCCAAGCUAAUACUGGAGCUUGGGAAGAACCCGGAUAAGCACAGGCUUAUAGGACCUUACUGGACGAGCUUGGGAAAAGAGAAGACCUGA